AUGGACUUGUUACUGAAAGAAGGGGAGAUGACACCUGGAAUAACUACCGAGGAAUACAUCUCAAGGAGAAAUAGGUUGUUGGAUCUUCUUCCAAAAAAUAGUCUGGCCAUAAUUGCAGCUGCCCCUGUAAAGAUGAUGACAGAUGUUGUGCCUUACACAUUUCGACAAGACGCUGAUUAUUUGUAUAUUACUGGCUGCCAACAACCUGGUGGCGUGGCAGUUUUAGGUCAUAACUGUGGUUUAUGCAUGUUCAUGCCAGAAGCAGACUCUCAUGAUGUUAUUUGGCAAGGGCAAAUUGCUGGAGUUGAUGCAGCAUUAGAAAUUUUCCGUGCUAAGAAGGCAUAUCCAAUGCGCGAAUUACAUAAGUACCUUCCAGAUAUGAUAUACGGACGCUCCAAAUUGUUCCACAACAGGCAGACAGCCAUACCAACAUAUAUGAAAUUGGAGUACUUUCAAAAGCUUGCUAAGAAUGGCAAAGUGGGAGACCUGUCUACUUUGACUCAUGAGUUACGUUGGAUAAAGUCACCAGCAGAGCUCAAGUUAAUGAAAGAAUCUGCAUCAAUUGCUUGCCAGGCACUUCUGCAGACGAUGUUUCACUCCAAGACAUAUCCUUAUGAGGGCAUGCUGUCAGCAAAGGUUGAAUAUGAAUGCCGAAUGAGAGGUGCUCAAAGAAUGGUAUUCAACCCUGUCGUUGGUGGUGGGCCAAAUGCUAGUGUUAUACAUUAUUCUCGAAAUGAUCAGAAGAUUAAAGAUGGGGAACUUGUUUUGAUGGAUGUUGGAUGUGAGUUGCAUGGUUAUGCCAGUGACCUUACUCGUACCUGGCCACCCUGUGGAAGAUUUUCUUCUGCUCAAGAAGAACUUUAUGAUCUUAUACUAGAAACAAACAAGGAAUGCCUGAAGCUUUGCAAACCUGGUGCUACCAUAAGUCAAAUACACAAUUAUUCAGCGGAAAUGCUGCGCAAAGGAUUCAAGGAGAUUGGAAUUUUAAAAGAUGAGGGAAACAGUUUAUACAAUAUGCUGAACCCCACUUCUAUAGGUCACAAUCUAGGAAUGGAUGUUCAUGAUUCUUCCAUGAUCAGCUAUAGCCGGCCCUUGGAGCCAGGUGCUGUGAUAACAAUUGAACCAGGAGUCUACAUCUCAUCUUUUUUGGAUGUUCCAGAGAGGUAUCGAGGCAUUGGGAUAAGGAUUGAGGAUGAGGUCCUCAUUACAGACACUGGUCAUGAGGUCCUCACCGGGUCAAUGCCAAAAGAAGUUAAACACAUUGAAUCAUUGCUAAACAACUUCCACCCUGGAAUGGGGAUGGAGAGCCAUAACAAUAUCAGGGCUGCAUCCAAUAGAUAAAUUAAAGAGCUAAGACAGUGAUUUAUUGUAAGAGGAAAUCAAUCACGAGGCUUUCUCCGGUGCUUGGGUUUCAUUUUUGAAGCAUUUUGUUGUUUGGGGUGGGGGGGGGG